UAUCUGUCGGGCAGCGGCGGGGGCGGUGGCGGGCUCGCUGGUGCUCCGCUCUCCCCAGUGCGUCGCCCGCGGUGCUCCAGUGCCUUCAGUGUUGACCCACUCAGCUGUUGUGGUGGUGACCGCGUGUGUGUGGGGGCGGGGCCUGCCGCGUGUUGUAGUGACCGCGAGUUGUAGGGACCGCGAGCCGCGGGGCUGUCGCGUGUUGUAGUGAUGACGUGGUUGUGAUUUUGAACUUAAGAAGAAGAAUACGAUAACCUGAACGCCUGAUCCCGAAUGUCAGGUUAAUGUCGUUCUGAAAAGUGUGGUCGGGUGAGGUGCUUCUACACCAGUUGUCGACGUACCAGUUGUCGACGUGCCAGUUGUCGGCGUACCAGUUGUCGGUGUACCAGCUGUAGGUGACCGGAAACCAGGAAGCGAAAAUGAUCCGGUGACAAGGCGUUACAUACAAAAACAACCUCAUAGGCGUUGUUGGAGAGAAGACUGGACCAUUAGAGCGACAGCUGCCCGAGGACCAGAGAUCGAGCUCUAAGUCGACCUUGAGUUGCCAGAUCGGAGAAGCUAAAAGUGUGUUAAGAUGGUGUUCUUGAAGACCCUGUUGAUCCGUCGUCGUGGCGUGCUGUUGAAGCUGGUGGUGGCUCUCCCGGCUCUGUGGCUCCUCAUCAGCCUCGUCACCCUCUCCGAGAAGGCUGACAAGAACGACGUCAUGGACCUGCCGCCCGCCGUCAGGAUCAGAGACAAUCAGGCGCCUCCAGACAACAGAAUCAUCAAAGUUGACAGCAUCAAGGACCUUCCGGAGCGCGCCGACAGACCGCAGCCGCCGCCGGAGGUGCCCAGGGUACCCAAGCCCCACAAACCCGAAGUCAAGUCGAUGACGAAGACGGACGAGCCUCAUGAGAUCCAUGCGGAGCAGGGGGUGCUGCUCCCCCCACAGGAGCCCAACGGGCCCGGGGAGAUGGGUAAGCCCGUCACGCUGCCCAAGGACCUCGACCCAGAGACCAAGAAGAAGGUGGACGAAGGUUGGAAGAACAACGCCUUCAACCAGUACGUCUCUGACAUGAUAUCUGUUCACCGUAGCCUACCGGACCCACGCGAUGAGUGGUGCAAGGCGCCCGGACGGUUUCUGGAGAACCUGCCGGAGACCUCUGUGAUUGUGUGCUUCCACAACGAGGCCUGGUCGGUGCUUCUCCGCACCGUGCACUCCAUCCUCGACCGCUCUCCUCCGCAGUUUCUCAAGGAGAUCAUCCUCGUUGACGACAACUCCGACAUGCCGCACCUGAUGCAGCAGCUGGAGGACUACAUGGCGCAGUACCCGAAGGUGCGCAUUGUGAGGGCGCCCAAGCGGGAGGGUCUGAUCCGCGCCCGACUGAUGGGCGCGCGCCACGCCACCGCCCCCGUCCUCACCUUCCUCGACUCCCACUGCGAGUGUACCACAGGUUGGCUGGAGCCGCUCCUGGUGCGUAUCGCUGUGGAUCCCCACAUUGUGGUGUGUCCGGUCAUUGAUGUUAUCUCCGAUGACAACUUCGAGUACCACUACCGCGACUCCUCCGGGGUCAAUGUCGGUGGCUUCGACUGGAACCUCCAGUUCAACUGGCACGCCAUACCCAGCAAGGAGCGGGCACGCCACCAGCACCCAGCGGAGCCAGUGCGCUCCCCCACCAUGGCUGGGGGCCUCUUCUCCAUCAACAAAGCUUUCUUUGAAAGAUUGGGAACAUACGACUCCGGCUUCGACAUCUGGGGAGGAGAAAAUCUGGAGCUGUCAUUUAAGACGUGGAUGUGCGGAGGGACGCUGGAGAUCGUGCCGUGCUCUCACGUGGGUCACAUCUUCAGGAAGAGGUCGCCGUACAAGUGGCGCUCGGGCGUCAACGUCUUGAAAAGAAACUCCAUUCGCUUGGCGGAAGUCUGGCUGGAUGAAUACAAGAAGUAUUACUACGAGCGAAUUGGAUAUGAUUUGGGCGACUUCGGUGACGUGAGUGAACGGAAGAAGCUACGAGAGGGUCUUGGGUGCAAGUCUUUCAAGUGGUAUUUGGAGAACGUGUAUCCGGAGCUCUUUGUGCCGGGAGAUGCUGUGGCUUCAGGAGAGGUCCGCAACUUGGGCGCGGGCGGGUCUACCUGCCUCGACUCACCUGCACGCAGGGCUAACUUGCACAAAGCUGUGGGCCUCUACCCUUGCCACAAGCAAGGGGGUAAUCAGUACUGGAUGCUGAGCAAAGAAGGAGAAAUAAGGAGAGAUGAAGCAUGCAUGGAUUAUGCUGGAACAGAUGUCAUCCUAUACCCUUGUCAUGGUUCCAAGGGCAAUCAAUACUGGGAGUACAAUCCAGAGACAAACCGUAUAACGCAUGGUAGCAGUAAGAAAUGUCUUGCUAUUACUCAAGACAGGAAGAAGUUGGUGAUGGAGGACUGCAAUUUGUCGGAAUCCAGACAAAAAUGGAAAUUUGAAAAUUACGAUCCUAGCAAAAAACUAUGAAGACAUAUCUGAGUUAAAAGUACCUUUGUUUUAUAUUUUUCAAGUGCCUGUGUCUAUUUUUUUAAUGGAAAAAAAAAACACAGUGGAAAAAAAAAGGAUGCUAUGUUGACUGAUUUAGUGAAGAUUCUUUGUGUAUUUUCUUAAGCUACACUGUAGUUGAAAACAUCCAAUAUAUUUAUUUUUUGUCUAGCAGCAGUUACUUUGUACCAAUGAAUAUAAAUUAUAACAUACACAUGAAAAGAUUGGAAUUACGACACUUUGGGUCCAGGAUGGACAAAAACGCUGUCACUUUCCUAUCUUUUCAUGUGUAUGAGUUGGGUUAUUAAUUUUCAGCCAUGAUAUUAUGACUUACUCUCUGCAUUAUUGUGUUUAUAUCUGUGUGCCCAAUACUAUGUUUUUCUUUUUUUCAUCUUGUGGCUACCAAAAAAAACUUUCUAGGCUCAAUGUACAAUUAAAUCAAACUCAGCUAUGACUGUGCAAGUGCUUUAUCAGCCUGCUACUGUAGCUAUAAAGGAUGUGAUCAAAAGCUUCUUCCUUUUCCAUUUGUAAUACAUUAACUUGUUAAAAAAAAAAGUAAUUGAAAAAUCACAAAAUUUAAGGUGAAAAAACUACAUUGUAGUGAAUGGAAUUUUUGAAGGUUCAGUUUGUAAAAUAUUUUUGUACAAGUAUAUAGGUUAGACAUGAAGCCAUUAUUUGAAAUUACUGUAGUUUAAAUGUAAAGUAAAAAAUGCAAGAUAGUAAUUUCUAAAUGAACAUAAUAGUAAAUAAAAUGGAUUUGCACUAUAAAAUAAAACAAUGUUAUAUAACAUUUCAUAUGCAGGAGAAGAAAGCUUAACAUACUGUUUUAUGACUCGAGAAUUAGUAACUAAAUUUGUUACUAUUGUACUGUAAUAAGAAUAAUUUACUGUACAGCAUUUAGAACUUUAUUAAAUCCAAACUCUGAAGUAUUGUAAGUAGAAAUGUUGUAUGAAUUUUAUAUUGACACAGCAAAGAUUGAUUGGCUAUUAGCCAAUUUUCUUGAAACAAAAUUAAACACUAAAUGAAGGUGUUAUUAGUGCAGCAAAUAUUAACUUGUGCCAGUUGCGACUACUUGUCGUGUGUGCCUCGGAUAUUUUUGCCAGGUUAUUUAAUACAUCAAUAAUAGUUUGAAUUUUACUGGAAUAAUUUAUGAACAUUUCUAAAACUCUGAUUUUUUUCUUCUCGUAUUGAAUACUAACACUGUAUAAAUCACUCGUACUGUACAUAGACAAAAUGUACACAUUAUUUAAAAUGGGGUAAAUAUUCUUGUGCUAUUAUUGACGAUACUGUAAUAAGCUGUGCAUGCUUAUGACUAAAACCAAUGGUAUUAUAAAUAUGUCCCUCUGUAUGUAAAAAAAAAAAACUGGAAAUUUAUUACUUAGAAAUACUGUAGUUACAUUGUAAGUUUUUUCAUGACUCCAGUACUGGUUACUGAAGUUAUGGCCUCUUUAAUGUGUUGGUGCUUGGGAACUACAUCAGCAACUUGGGAAUAGAUAGCAGGGAUAGAUUCUGAGGAAAUAAAGUGUACACGUUGCAUUCAUUGGAAUUAUUGUUAACUAGGCCUUAACAAAUUUAGAACAAUUGUUUUUCCGUUGGCUUGACUUUACAAUAGAACCUCACUCCAACUAACUACUAUUGUACAGUGCACCCUCCAAAAUCUCGCCCUCCAUAAAAUUGGGUUUUUGAAACAAUGGAUAAAUUCCGACCAUUGGAUCUCCCGUCUAAAUUUGAGUUUGUCAACAAAUUAUUCAGUUUCUGGAGGGAAGGUACGGUGAAAAUCUAGAUUAUGUGAAGUAAUUUCCAUCUGAUCAUAUUUAUUUUUUCAAUUUUUUGCUAAUCAUCUCUUAAUCAAAAACUGAAGAAAUAAAUAUUUGAAAUAAUACAUUUACAUUUUAAAGCAUUAAAAUGCUUUACUAAGCUUGUACUGUGCUACAGAUUAUUCUCAAGUUUAAUUUUUUCUGUGGCUUCCAGACCUACUGUGAGGGUAUACAUACUGACCUUAUGUUUUCAUUGUGUGCGAGUGCAGUUUGAUCUGUCAUUACUCCAACAUUUUCACUGGCUUUUCUUUGCAUGUAGAAUAUCAUUAUUUGCAAGUUGAAGCCCUGUUACCUGGCUAGAGUUGAAUGGAUACAUCAGGGAAAGAUAAGAGGAACCUCAAUACCACAGAAAAGAAGGCAGUUAUUAGAGAAUUAUAGAUGGGGAGUUUAUAAUUGUGCAUUUUAGCAAAUGAAUCAAUAUAAACGAAAAUUAAAUUUUAAUAGUUAAAUAAAAUUAAUGUACCGGGUAAGUAGUAAAAUAAGUUAUUGUAAUGUACUAGGUCAAAAAUGUUGCUUAAUAACCCAUAAAGUAAGAAUCAUGAUUUGGAGGUUUAUUAUUUACAGCAAUAUUUAGCAAAUAAUGUCUUAGCAUUUAUGGCAUCAAUGGGUAAGUGAUCCUAUAAUUGAAAAUGCAUCAUCUGUUUUGUCCUACAUUUGACAUCUGGACCUUAUAGUUGUUGCCCUUUGUGUGUUACAUGGGACUUUUUAAAGUGGUCUGGAUUAAUCUAUUCCAAUUUAUUCAGUACUGUACUGUACAGUAUUUUAAAGGCCUUAUGUCUAAUUAAAAUUGUGUCUUGAGGCCCCUUUAUAAAACAUUCUAUUAACAAAAUUAAACCAGGUGUUCCCUCUCAAAUUUGUGAACAUUAAAAGAAAAUAUUUACCCAAAUUUUGUUUAUUUGAAUGGUACUGUAUGGUUCAGUUGGCAAUUCUGGUUAGUGAGGUGUGACAUUUCUUAUCGUAAUGUUUCUAAUUAUUUUCUUUAUAUAGUAUUACAAGUUUCAAACCUUGCAAUACUAAAUAACAUUGGUGGUCCUAUACUGUAUAUUGUAUUAUAUUAAUUGAAUUAUAAUAGUGAUGUAUUUUCUGUGAAUUUUCAAAUUGGACAUUAUGCAACAUAAAUGGCCCAAGACUUUUCAACACACUUCCCCCAAUACAUAAAGGGCAUAACUGGCCAACCUCUUGCAGUGUUCAAAAGAGAACUUCACAAGCACCUUCAAAGGAUGCUUGACAGGCUGCAAGCAGCCUCGCUGAACAGCCUAGUUGAUCAGACCAAUAACGAGGUCUAGUCAGAGACAGGGCCGCAAGGAUGUUGAUUGUCGGAAUCAAAAUAGGUAGUGCAAUUUUUUUAUUUUUUCCUGAAGUACUGUAUGAUAGCAAUACCAAGCGAUGACCGAGACAAAAGUCGAUGGCAUGUCAAAUGUUUUCUCCCCAUCAUUCCUGGGAAUUUUGAACUUUAAUACAAUAAUGUUUUAGCAUUUACAGCUUCAACAGAUAGGUAAAUUCAUGGGUUUAUUAAUUUAAUCUAUGAGCGAAAAAUCACCACCUUUUCUGUCCUACCAUUGCUUUUUGAGCAUCAGUAUAGGCUGUUGCCCCUUUUGGCUGUGGCCCAACUGCACUGACCACUCUGUGAAAGCAAAUAAGUGGACCUUGUAUUACAGUUUCAGAUUACUUUCAAGUUUAAUUUCGUUACUAAAAUAAAAAUUUAAUAUUCGUCUUUUCCCAGCUCGGUUAUAAAGCAUGUUGCACUAAAAUCCCUGAAUCUACCCUUGAAAAUAUUAUUUAUGGCUGUAGUUCCUUAGAUAAAUCAUUAUAUGGAUCAUUAAUGCAUAAAUAUAGAGGCCGCCAUUCCCACUAUGUGGGAAUUCAAAUGGAUAGAGGAAAUAAUGCAACUCAAACCCAAAUGAAUGCAUUGUGACAUCCUCUGAAUUAGAUAGUGUCUAAACUUUAACUCUGUAAUAAAUACAGUGCAGAAUUUGCAUACUUUUAAUAAAUCUCUGGAUAUCCAGAUGCAUUUUUGAAAAUUUAAUGUGAAAAUAUACCCAAUUACGUGUACAUCUAUUACAGAAUAUUACUAGUUUUCCUAUGUUUGUAAAUUUUAGAGACCUUGAGGGGAAACUCUCAGCUUUACAACCAUUUCCAGUUUGACUACAGGCAAUCAAUAAGGAAGAGACUUAUAGCACAUACAGUACAUUUUCUUACUAUAUGCCAGCCCUGGUACCAGUUUUUUGAAGUACUGUAUUGUAAUAACCUGCAUAUUCUACCAUUUAAUCAUGUCACUUCAUCUCUCCUACAGACAUUAUACUAAGUAUGCAUUAUUCAAAAUUCUGGUUUGGCAAUGUAAUUUUAAAUAUGAAGUCCAGUACAUCAAUACAGGAUGUCUUGGGUGAUUCAAUGCGAGCUAAAAUUGAGGAAUUCUAUAGAAAUUUCAACCUAAUUGGCUAUAUACAGUAGUUUAAUUAUAUAUGCAAGUAAACUAUAUUCUAACAUUGUCACUGUUGCUGAAUAUAAUGGUUACUUUUUAUUUGUAAAUUUUAAGGUGAAGCAUUGAAACACUUCAAAAUAUUCUAGUAUCCAUUCUGUAAAAUUGAUGUAAUGAUUUGUAAUUACAAGCAUUUUCUGGGUUAAAUUGUCAAUAAGUAGUUUUAAAUUUAUCAUAGACAUGUGUUAUAAUUUAGAAUUUAUGUACUGUAUUUAAAUAUUAUGGUUUGGUAUUAAUUUUAGUUUCAAUUUUCAUGCAUAUAUAAUUUAAAAAGUAGCUUUAUCCCUCAAUAUUAAAAAAAAUCACAAAGUUCUGUACCUUAAAUAUCUUAAUCUUGGCUAUUGAUUUUUGAGGUAAUCAUCAAAGAUUUGGUUUUAUGUGCAAAAUUCUGACUAUUAUUAUUUAAACUACUGUAUAUACUGUAUUUGACUACUGUAUUUAAAAAAUUAAAAUAAUAUUCAUUUAAGUAAAUAUUGAGAGAAUUAUUUAUUAUUUCACAUCUCUAUAAGCUACAACAUUCCAUUUGUCAUUCCAUAGUAGUCUGAAUGUUUAUGUAUGUGAGAUAUAUCAGAAUAUGUACAGUUUAUAUGAUAUGUAGUUGCAGCCAUUGGCAUGGCACUCUAGAUGUCUGCAUUGCUCUGUAAAUCAAGUUAAGUACUACUGGGUCUGGUCAAUAAGUAUAAGUGACUAUAUAGAAAUAGGCUUGCUGAUGGCUAGAGUGAUGUCAACAAAAAAUAGGAUUACUCUCCUCAAUAGGGUAUAUCCAUAUGGUGGUGGGAACCUGAGGAAUUACUAUUCUUGAAUUUUGAAUUGUAAUAUCGUCUUGGCUUAUAACAGCUUCAGCUAUAUUCACUUUUAUGUAAAUGUAUUUUGAGCCUGAAUCUUGCCUCAUGCGAGUCAUUUUGUACAUAAAUACAUACACAAUAGCACACACGCAUUCACAUACUCACUUCAGAAUCGCUUUUGAUUACAUUGAUGGUGAAAUACUAAAGAAACUGUGCAUGACUUUUGUGAAACCAAAAUUGGAAUAUGCAGCAGUUGUAUGGUGUCCAUAUCUCAAGAAACACAUCAAUAAACUGGAAAAAGUGCAGAGUCAUGGUUCAAAAUGACAUCCAGAAGUUAUGAAAAGAAGCUAGAGGCAUUAAAUAUGCCAAAACUAAAAGAAGGGUAAUAUGACCACCACUUACAAAAUAAUAACAGCAAUCGAUCAAAUUGACAAAGAGGAAUUCCUGAUACUGGCAUCCUCACGAACAAAUGAUCAUACAUUCAAGCUAAGGAAACAAUGGUGCCCAAAAAAUAUUGGUUUUCUUUUGCAAACAAAAUGGUAGAUGGAACAAUAUUAACAGGCCUAAUUAGGCCUGUUAAUGUUGCCUGCAGGCUUAACAUUAUUACUAAUACUCUUAUAAGAUGGUUCUUUUCACAUGCGUUGCUUCAUAAAAUGUCAAACUAUAAUUGAUGUGAAAAAAGCGCCAUCAUGAGCACUGCUCACAAAAUGUUUCCUUCACUUGUAAAUGUUAAGCGAGAUGGUGGAGGCCAAAAGCGUCGGUAAUUCCAAACCGUUAUGACAGUGUACUGGGAAAAUGAGACACCAUGAGUGUAGCUCUCGUCCUGUAACUAUACUGUACUUGGGUAAUCACGCGCGCGCACCUAAACCAUCAGUAGUUUUCAAAGCGUCAUAUGACAAGUACUGGGAAAAUGGGACACCAUGAGUAUAGCUUUUAUCCUGUAACUAAAUUUCGGUAAUUACAUGCACACACCCCUGUAACAUUUUAUGUAAUUAAUUUAAAUGGUUAAGUUGGAUAUUAUAUUUCCUAACUUACUUACAUACUGGACAUGACAAAAGUUACAAUUUAAAGAUCUCUAGCUCCUCAGGGGUUGAAUGUGUGGCCAGGAUGGAGCAAGCAUUUUCCCUUUCAAUUGUUGCUCUAGUCUUUAGUUAUCCUGAUUAGUGUAUUGUCCAACUCUCGGAAACUUAAAUUCCAAUACGCUCGGAAACCUUGAGCCUAAGGUUUCCGAACAUAUUGGAACGAAGCUGUAGUAAUGUGCCAGACCUAUCUAUUUACUGAUUUUCUGAGCCAGUGUUGAAGUGCAUGUGUAGUUCCAUACAACCAGUUUACUUACAUUCAGAAAUGCAUUGGUGACCCUAUAUGGAUGCUUUGACUGUAGUUGGGUCUGUACAGCUGUGGUUCUCUUUGUGCUGGGCAGUGGGUUGUGAUGAGGCUUCUCUUGAUAAUGUUAACUGCUUCACAUCUUGGAAUUCUUCUUGUUGAUGCACUACUCCAGAUACACAUCUGUUCAGUUAGGAUAGUGGCAGCUAAGGGCUAGACCAAAACGAUCAGAUAAAGGGUCAAGGCGAGAUCUUGGGGCAUAAUUAGGAAAUGGGAAUAAAAAAUCCUCUGCAUUUUUCACCAAAAAGAAAGGGUUUAUCCAGUCAAGAUACAUUUUAAAGCCUUUUGAGGUAAUGUUUUUAAAUAUGGGACUAUCCCUGUGAGCCUGUCGAUGACCAUCUUGGGGUUUGUGGUCAGACGGAAUGGUAUGCAAUAGUUUUGCACCAGCUGGCUUCCUCAGUGACCAUUGAAUUAUAAAACUCUGUACUCUUGUGCGCUCUGGUUGGAUCUUCCUUACUAAUUUAUUGGCAGUAAUGAAAGAGGAUUAAAAUUCCAGUGGUGCUACCAGUGUUGCUUUGUGUAUGCCUGUCCUCAAAAGUCUGGCAUUGUUGCUUGCUUCCUUCAAUUAAGUCAAGUAUUAUUGGCUUCCUGGUUAUUGACCUGAAGAGUUUGUCAAUACAUCUUCAGAAGUUUGGUCCUUCUGAAGAUGCAUUGAUUAAUAUAAAAGUACUUAAGGAAUUUCCCAAUAAUCACAGAUAUUGUACCUCACUUUUUUUUUUUUAAUGUUAUCCUUGGCAUCUUUAAAAUAUUAAUUAAAAGGCAAAGUUGCUAUUAUUCAGUUUUGCAUGUGAAUACUUAUUUUAUAGCACUGUGUAUUAAGUUUUAUUUAUGCUAAUUUCAUGGUAAAUAUUCUUAAUGUAUUUGGAUAUUUAGCAUUUAAAACACACAUUUACUAAGAUUUUACAGCCACAGUCAUUAAAAAUGUUUGCUCAGGCAAGCUCCAUUAUUUUAACCAUGUGAAUCAUUAACCAUUAAGAAUGGUUUUCACCAUUCUGUGUCUGUGAAAUCUUGAAAUAAUUAAACGGAAAACUUAAAUGACAAAUUGAUAUAAAUGAACAAUUAUUUACUGCUUGCAUAUUAUGAAACAAUACAGGGAUUUGGUUUUUAGAUCCUGUACUUCAAAAGUACAGCAAAUGGUAAUUAAGGUGUUAAAAUUUUCAGCCUAAACUAAAUAAUUGUAACAAUUUAUUCCCAUAAAAUUACUACAACUCGUGCGUCAGGCUGCGAGCAGCCGCACUGAACAGCCUGGUUGAUCAGACUAGCAACCAGGAGGCUUGGUCAGAGACCGAGUCACGGGAAUGUUGAUCCUCAAAAUCAACAAGUAGUCAAAAGGCAGGUAAUUAAUUCAGUAUUAAUUAGAAGGCCUGUUACUGUUGCCUACAGGCUCAACACUAAUAACCUUACAAGAUGGAUCUUUUUACUUGUGUUGCUUUGUAAAAUGUCAAACUAUAGUUGGUGUGAAAAAAAUACUACCAUGAGCACUGCUCACAAAAUGUUUCCUUCACUUUUACUAACCACAAAGUUAAUUGUAUAAUAUAGGGAAACUAUCAUUUAAAAUAGAUCUAAAAGCAGCAGCUAUACCAAAUGACAUUGUCAUAGUAUAAUGUGUUAAUGAAAGAUGUGUGCCCAGUAAAUCAUCUAUUUUAAGAUAAAUAUAGUACAGUACUGUACUUGGAGGUUUACUUGCAUCUAAUUGGUUUUAGCCAUGUACAAGUUUUCUUUAUAGAUGCUCAAAUGCUUUUCAUAAGAUUGACAAGCCAACAUAAGUAUAUAAUGGAAUACCAGGAAAUGUGAGGGAAAACAAAAUUGUUGCUUGAAUGUCAGAAUAUGGUUUUUAGUACUACUUGUUAUUAGUUAUUUAAUAAAUAAUUUUGUAAUUUAGCUAUAAUUUUAGUAAGUAAUGAUGUGUACACUGAUUGUACAGGUAUAUUGAAAAUAAUUUCCUGUAAAAAUAUGAACAUAUGUACAACAGUAUAAAUAUCAAUGUAAAAUUAGGUUGAGUGUAAGUGUGAGCGAAUGUUUCCAGAAUUGUGUGCUAUGAUUGUGGUAUGCCAAGUUGAAUAAACAAAUUGUUUUCCAUUAUAAAGGGAUGACACUGUAUGGAUGGGCAAGUUAAAGUGCUCAUAAUACAUUAAAGCCCUACAUGUGUGAUUCCUCUGAGGGUGCCUUAUUAAACUAUUCCUACAAA